ACAAAUAAGUGUGAAGUGUGAGAGUGUUGUUGAUUGAGUGAGGUUGGUUCAUCAAGUUUUCUUGGAAAACCCAAAAAAAAAAAAAACAAUUAUUUUGUUUUUUUGAUGGGAUUAGGAAUUAUCCAUUUCAGUUACAACACAGUGUUCUUCAUGCACCAACAACCACAAAAAACACUAACAACAACGUUACACCGUUUUGUUCACUUCUCAUCUCUUUCUAACUCUUCACGUCCACCCAUUUGGACAAAGUCACCACCUUUAUCUUCAUCUUUCACUUUCAUGGCUACCCAAUUGAACCUUUCACAAUUGGGUUCUUCUCCUUCUUCUCUUUCAAUUCAAAAACAUGAUCUUUUAAUCGUUGGUCCUGGUGUUCUUGGUCGUUUGGUAGCCAAUCAAUGGCGUCAGGAAUAUCAAGGUUGUCAAGUUUUUGGACAAACAUUAACUACUGAUCAUCAUGAAGAGUUGAUUCAAUUGGGUAUUAGUCCUUCUUUGAAUUGGACAAAAUCUGAGCACAAGUUUCCUUAUGUCAUUGUCUGUGCUCCUCCUUAUCAAUCCUCAGACUAUCAUGGUGAUCUUAGGCAGGCUGCAGAAAGCUGGAACGGUGAAGGUUCUUUUCUGUAUACAUCAAGUUCUGCACCUUAUGAUUGUAACGAUAAUGGUUUAUGCGAUGAGGAUACUCGGGUUGUGCCGAUUGGCAGGAGCCCCAGGACUGAUGUCCUUUUAAAGGCUGAAAAUAUCGUGCUCGAGUUUGGUGGUUCGGUUGUUAGACUGUCUGGACUUUAUAAAGACGGUAAAGGUGCACAUGCUUAUUAUUUAGAGAAGGGGAUUGUUGAAUCUCGACCUGAUCAUAUCCUGAAUCUCAUACAUUAUGAGGAUGCAGCUUCCCUCUCAGUGGCAAUCUUGAAGAAACAAUUUCGUGGAAAGAUUUUCUUAGGUUGUGAUAAUCAUCCUUUAUCCAGGCAAGAACUGAUGGAUCUAGUUGACAAAAGUGGGAAAUUCAGUAAAAAGUUCGAGAAAUUCACAGGAACUGAUGAUCCUCUCGGCAAGAGAUUAAACAACUCGAGAACUCGCGAGGAAGUAGGGUGGAAGCCAAAGUACACUAGCUUUGCUCAUUUUCUUGAGACCUUAUGAUCAACUUCUUCUUUGGAGUUGAGAUUCAAUCUAAUCAAUACUUUCACCAUGUUGACAUUGUACAGUAUAUAAAAUAUUAUCAUUCAUUAGUUAAAUAAAAGUGUUUUCUACAGUGUAAA